AUGACGCCCCAGGCAGUCCUCCUCGGCCUCCGCCGCCCUGCCCUCCCAGUGCGGGUUCCCACACCGUCCUUGGCCGCGAAGCGCGCUCGCUCUCCGAGGCGCCAGGCCUCGCCAGAACCCCGGAUCCCAGGACGCGAGGACGACAAGCCAGGCAGAGGGCGGCACUCACCGGUAGCCGCCCAAGAGAAACAGUUUCUUCACUCUCUCUCCGCCAUCUUGGGAGGACGUCACCGCGACGCUCCGCCCCCCUCUUCUUGCUCCGCGGGAGCGUCACGUCCCGACGUGCGGGCCGGUGCGGACGCCGGCGAUAGGACGUCAGAGUGCAGGGCCGGCGAGCUGGCUCUCAGACUGCCCGGCAUGCCCGAGCCGCCGCAACACACCUCAGCGCUCGUCCACAUCCUGCGCCAGCCGCUCACCUUGCCAGCCCGCAGCUGUCAGAUGCUGGUCCGAGACCCGGCUCGAGUGCACGGCACGUCUCUCCGGGAACCGCGCUGCGCGCUGCAUGCUGGGAGUUGUAGUUCUUUUCCUCUCUCCAUUAGCGCUCCUCCAGUGGAGAUGACUGCGUUGUGCACCCUGGCUCUCGGCCGUGGCGGAUGGGAGGGAUAUGCUUUAGUCGAGGCCAAUGACUGCUUCCUCUCUUGCAUACCCGAAAGCUCUUGGGACCCCCAGAGUUCUGUGUGAGCCAGCCCACCGUAGCAAAUCUUCCAGGAUGCCCUUACCCUGGUGACAGACGGCUGAGUUGCACAUAAGCAAAGCAAACCAGCAGAGCACAGUGGGCAUGCGCAACACGAGAGGAAGGACUCUUUUUGCCUCAAAACACCGCUGUGAAGAAUUCGUGAAUGAAGCCACAGUCGUGUUUCUAAGAAACACGUUUAUAUUUCUGAGUGUACAUUCGUUUUUAAUUUCACCUUUCGGUUUGUCGAACCCCUUUCGAUAAUGUGUCAGUUCAGAAAUAUUUAAUGAAGUUGGCCUACAGAUUAUGAACAAAACAGCCUGGCGUGGAAGGGAGAGUGGGUUCUCGUGGGGGAGAACUGCUACCGUGCGGAAAUGCUCCAGAGGCGAUAGAGCUAGCGCGAAUGCAAGGCAAGCCUUGUAGGAUCAGUAGCUACCUGUCUCCUCAGCCCUUUUUUGUUUGGCGUUCUCUUCUGGCUAUA